GUCUCAGGCGUUGCAUUCCCAUUUGUCGACCUAUGUAAGUGUAUGCGUCACACCUCCCAAUUCUCAAUAACUCCCUCUUAUUCAUUCUCCCCUACUCAUUCUUUCCUUAGCCAACAAUCAUAAGCAGCUAUCUCUCUCUCUCUCCCCCUCCCUCCCUCCCCAUCUAUCUUUCUCUCUAACAGUUAGAACAGAAGGGAGCUUCGUGUGGUGGAAUCUAAGGAAGCAUGGACAUGGGUCAAGAAGAUGCAUGCGACACAGGCCUAGCUCUCGGGUUGAACUAUAAUGCUAGCGGCCUGUCGAGCGAUCGCCAUGGCCAUCGAGAGGCAGUCGUAAAAUUGGAACUGUCGCCAUCAAAUAUGGUUUCUCUCGAGCCCUCGCUCACCCUUGGCCUCCCAGAUGACGUGAAGAAAGCGAAGGUGGAAGCGAGAGUAGCCCGGCAAUCAUCUCCACAUAGCACGGUCUCGUCCUUCUCCGACGGCCAUCCUUCAAGCACAAAGAAGGAGAACAGCAUCAGGAGCGAGGAAGCCGAGAAGGUUUCAUUUCGGGUAAGUGAUGAAGAAGAAGAAGGCUCCGCUAGGAAGAAGCUUAGGCUUACCAAGGAUCAGUCUGCCCUCUUGGAGGACAGGUUUAAGGAGCAAAGUACCCUUAAUCCGAAACAAAAGCAAGCCUUGGCCAAGCAAUUGAAUCUGCGGCCCCGGCAAGUGGAGGUGUGGUUUCAAAAUAGGAGAGCAAGGACUAAGCUCAAGCAGACCGAAUUCGAUUGCGAGGUCCUGAAGAGGUGCUGUGAGACGCUGAGUGAUGAGAACCGGAGGCUGAAGAAGGAGUUGCAUGAGCUAAGAGCCCUGAAGUCUGCAUCUCCGCUGUACAUGCAGUUCCCGGCCGCGGCCCUCACGAUGUGCCCAUCAUGCAAGAAGAUAACUGCAGCCAGCGAGGGCUCGAAAGCUGGCCCUUUUGUGACAGCGCCGAAGCCUCACUUAUUCAUGAAUUCCUUCACCCAUUCAGCAGCGUGCUAAGGGGGGACUCUUGACAGAGAAAGGCACCGCCCACACCCUUUUCUUUUUCAAACUAGGGCUUGGGACUGAUAAUCAAUUAAGAUUUACUGUAUGUUGUGUAAUUCUCUCCUUUCUCUCUUCGCUCUAAUUACCUAGCUUUGUUUAGGGUGCCCACACCCUUUUCUUUUUUAAACUAGGGCUUGGGAUUGAUAAUUAAUUAAGAUUUACUGUAUGUUGUUGUGUAAUUCUUUCCUUUCUCUCUUCGCUCUUACCUAGCUUUGUUUAGGGAUUAGCAUAUGGGGUUAGAUGAUGUAAAAAGGGAAUGAAAAGAAGUGCAUAUUCGUCUAAUUUCACAAAAAAAAGUUUUUAAUACCCG